AUGGACAUGAUGGUGAGAGUGAACGAAGUUCUUGACGGCGAGGAUUGGGCCUACGAAAAUUCGAUGUUCUGUGGAUCCUGGACUUUCUUCCCCUGCGAAGAAGAUCGGAUCACACGGCACCUCAAACGUGAGUAUGGAGCUCAUCCCGAGAAAGCUUGCCACGAUUUUUAUUGUCCUUCGAGUUACAGGAACCUUCCCUUCGAUGCUCGUGACCUGCCUUUGGGCAUGCGCCUUUAA